UACGGUGUCGCGAUAAAGACACGGCCGCCAUCAUGGCGGACAACGACGGUGCCUUGAAACCCAAGAUGACCCUCGUGAACGGCAUCACUGUGAUCGUGGGCAGCAUCAUAGGGUCCGGCAUCUUCGUUUCGCCCUCGGGAGUGUUGGAGCACACCGGGAGCGUCAACGCGUCAUUGUUGGUGUGGGUCAUGUCCGGACUGUUUUCGAUGAUCGGCGCGUAUUGCUACGCGGAGCUGGGCACGAUGAUCAGGAAAAGUGGCGCGGACUACGCCUACAUAAUGGACACCUUCGGACCCUUCGUGGCGUUCGUGAGGCUGUGGGUGGAGUGCAUGGUCGUGAGGCCUUGCUCGCAGGCCAUAGUCGCAUUGACGUUCAGCCAGUACGUCAUGAAACCGUUUUUCGUCGACUGCGAACCGCCUGACGUGCCGGCCAGGCUACUGGCAGCGGUUUGUAUAUGCGUUUUGACGUUUAUCAAUUGCUACGACGUCAAAUGGGCCACUGCUGUACAAGAUGUCUUCACGUAUGGCAAGCUGACAGCUUUAUUCAUUAUCAUCGGCGCAGGAUGCUAUCAACUCUUCCUGGGCAGGACCGAGCAUUUUUCUUUCGCCAACACCAAAUACGAAAUUACGUCACUGUCGCUCUCUUUCUAUUCGGGACUGUUUGCGUACAACGGCUGGAAUUAUCUCAACUUCGUCAUCGAAGAACUGCAGGAUCCCGUCAGAAACUUGCCCUUGGCGAUCGCGAUAUCCUGCACCUUGGUGACGGUCGUCUACGUGCUCACCAACGUCGCGUUUUACACCACGCUGGCCCCGUGGGAGAUUUUGGAAUCGAAGGCAGUCGCCGUGACCUUCGCCAACAGACUGUUCGGCCCUUUCGCCAUCUUCAUCCCGAUAUUCGUGGCCCUUUCCACUUUUGGCGCAGUCAACGGGAUCCUGCUCACGUCCUCGAGAUUGUUCUACGCAGGCGCCUGUAACGGUCAGAUGCCGGAACUUCUGACGAUGAUCCAGUCGAAUCGAUCUACCCCCACCCCAUCCGUAUUGAUUAUGGCGGCGCUGUCCAUGGUCUACCUCGUGGUGUCGGAUAUCGACGUGCUGAUCAAUUACGUCGGAUUCGUCACGUGGUUAAGUAUAGGUGUGGCGGUCCUCUGCCUGCCUUGGCUUAGGUGGACCCAUCCAGAACUAGACAGACCCAUCAGGGUCCACCUGUUCUGGCCGGUCGUCUACAUCUUGGCCACGAUAUUCGUCACAGUGGUGCCGAUGAUCGCCAGCCCUUACGACACUGGAAUGGGUAUCCUGAUGAUCCUAACCUCGAUACCGGUUUACUACGCAUGCGUCGCUUGGGUCCACAAACCCGUAUGGUUCCGGAAAGGUUUGAGCGACACCACGGUAUUCUUCCAGAAGAUGUUGGUGGUGUCAGGAAAAUCACAAAAAGCCGACCUGUAAUCCGCGCACGCCCUGUGUAACAUACAGAACGAGUUCGAACCGAACUGAGGCAGACCAGACGAGUUAAAGAUCGGAGAGGUCGAACAAAUGCGGUUGGUUUGUGGUCUGCGACUUGCCUGGUCUUCCUCGGUAUGACAUAUCUAUGCGAAACACAUCUGGAACGUCUUUCUGGUAUACUUCAGCGAGUUUUUGUGGAAUCGAUGAUUUAAUAAUAAAACAAAUGGUAUUUUGUAACCUCGAAAUGAUCUUUGUGACAAUAAAACCUUACGUAAGUUGA